CCCAGAUCUCCGCCUAUCGAUGAGGAUCAAGUUAAUUAAGAGACGCAAACCAAGAAACUUAAACACGCCUUCCUCGGUACUCUGUUAUCGAUAAUGGAUAUCAUAGGUCAGAAGUGGACCAUACAAUACUCGGCAGCUGGAUGAGAAUCAUCUGGCUCACUGGCAUUCCAACUUGUAGUCGCAGUUGGCCUAUCCAAACUGCAAAUUCCUGCGCACGGUGUCUGCCAGGCAAGGCUAGGCACUAUAUCUAUGACAGACGGGACAAUAUACCGAGGCAUAUGUGCUGGACGCUUCUACAACACAAAUACUAUAAAGAUGGCUGCUUCGUCCGAGGAAGAACUUCUAUCCAGACUGCAUCGCACUCGCAUCGCAGAGACACAACCCACUUUCUAAAGAAGUUUCCUCAUUAUGCACUUCCGCAACAUCGUGAUUGCGCUGACUGCGACUGCAGUAGCAAGCCCGGUGGAUCUCCAGGAACGACAAUUGUCUGGUGGGAACGAGUUGCGGGAUGGCCCUUGCAAGCCCAUUACCUUUAUCUUCGCCCGAGCUUCCACGGAGCCGGGCCUUCUGGGCGUUUCAACCGGCCCUGCGGUCUGCAACCUGUUGAAGUCAGCUAGGCCAGAUGAUGUCGCCUGCCAGGGUGUCGGACCCAGAUACACUGCGGAUCUCCCAUCAAAUGCUCUGCCGGAGGGAACUUCCCAAGCUGCAAUUGCAGAGGCACAAGGACUGUUUGAGCAAGCUGUAUCCAAGUGCCCUGACACUCAGAUUGUUGCCGGUGGCUACAGCCAAGGAACAGCUGUUAUGAACGGUGCCAUUAGGCGCCUUUCCGCAGAUGUGCAGGACAAGGUCAAGGGCGUUGUCCUUUUCGGAUACACACGCAACGCCCAAGAGGGGGGCCAGAUUGCAAAUUUUCCCAAAGAUAAAGUCAAGGUCUAUUGCGCAGUGGGAGAUUUAGUCUGCCUUGGGACUUUGAUUGUGGCACCGCCACAUUUCACAUAUCUUUCUGACACUGGUGAUGCUAGCGAAUUUCUCCUGUCCAAGCUGGGGAAUUAG